AUGGAGACACGAUUAAAAAGUAAACGUUUAAUGCCGCUACCCGGGGGUUAUCGCCGGGGCACACCUGGAGCUGACGCUGGGUGUUGCAGUGGACGAGCCGUCGGCGGUGAGGAGUUGAGUAGGCGGGCUCCCACCGGGUCACCCGAAAAUGCUACAGCCAAACAAAUACACUUAAACUUACCCAAAAACAUAUCUUCUCCUACAUUACAACCGUGCAACCCAAGUACUGAUUCAAAUACACCCUCACUUACACUAGUAACUGAAGAUAAUAGAGAAUCCGUAAUCCCUACCUCUGAUGUUGCGCAGGAGGCUGCUCAGGCCUUUCUACCUGCGUCCACAAAGGCAGGAAAGCCCAGGAUGCGCAUGAAAUGGACAUCUGAAGUCAAUACAUUUAUUAUGCGCACAUAUUACUAUAUCACGAAGUUAGAAACAGAUUUAACCACAUAUAGAACCCUUCUUCACCAAAAAUUUACGGAACAGUACCCAGGAAUAAAUGUCUCAGAACAAAGAUUAUCUGAUCAAAGAAGAGUAAUAGUACGUAAUAAGCUAUUAAGUAACGAAAUCCUGAGUCGAUUACAAGAAGAAGUAAGGAAUAUAUUAAUUGAAGAAGAAAAGACACACAAAGACUCAUAUACCGCAAUAUCAACGUUGGCAAAAUGUAAACAACUACAAUCAUACAAUUCCUCUCACCAUCCUAGCACUCAAUAUAAAAAUAACACGCAUUCGCAAUCGACAAACUUAAUGAUAGAGGUACCAGACAUGCAAUUACAGACACAAAAUCCAUUAAUUAGAGGCACACCAAUGUACCGAAAUUGUAAUCUUAUGUCAGACAUAUCCACUCAAACAGAUACCCUAGUAACAAGCACCAUGAUAAUUGAAAACGAAAUAGAAACACCAGUCGUAGAUGAGAUAGAUAACGAUUUAAUGAAAUCACAACUUAGGGAAAAACUACAAACCGCUAUCUUACAAUAUGCUGGAAUAGACCCAACAGUGCGACCUAAACUCCCAAAGCUUAAAUAUAGCAGACAACUCUUAAAACUAAUACACAUAUUUAAUAACAACAUUUUGAGUCAAUACAUACAUGAGACCUCAAAAAUUACUGAUAUUCACACAAUUAUUUACUGUACUGCAUUUGUAAUAUCUCAAGAAUUAGGAUACAAAAUUACUAAUAAUGAUAAUAAUGAUAGGCUCACAAAACGUAAACAGGAUACUACACCAAUCUGGCAGAUUCGAUUACAAAGAGAUAUAAAUAAGUUACGCUCAGAUAUAGGUAAACUAACACAAUACAUUUUUAUGAACAGAAGAUCUAAGAAGAUAGUGGAUAGAGUUACAGCGAUAUUUAAAAACACAAGUUUACACACAAGACAUGAAAGCAACAAUAGCAGACCGGAAGAAUUCCUUGAUACCCUAAAGCAAAAAUUAGCCCUUAAAUGUAAUAGACUUAAAAGAUAUAAAAAAUCACUACAGAGAAAGCAGGACAAUAAUUUAUUCAUAAAUAACGAAAAAAUGUUUUACAGAAAUUUAAAUGCAGGCUUAAGAAACACAACAGCAGACAACAUAGAUAGACAACACCAUGAUACACCGAACAAAGAGGAGUUAGAAUCCUUUUGGUCAAAUAUUUGGGAGACUCAAGUCACUCACAAUACAGAAGCGAAAUGGAUAUUAGAAGAAAAAGCUCGAUGGGAAGCAAUAGAGGAAAUGAAAUUUGAGGAAAUUACACCUGAAGAUAUAAGAAACAUAACAUAUAAAUUACAUAAUUGGAAAUCGCCUGGUAUAGAUAAAAUUCAUAACUUUUGGUACAAAAAAUUAGAAAUCUUACAUAAAUGUAUAGCUAAAAACUUAACAGAAAUUAUAUAUCGAAAACAAGAUUUACCCCAGUUUAUAACUAAAGGAAUAACACAUAUGCUUCCUAAAGGCCAAAAUUCAUUACAACCAUCUCAAUAUAGACCUAUUACAUGCUUACCUACAAUUUACAAAAUACUUACAUCAGCAAUCACUUACAAAAUCAGAACACACGCAGAGACACAUAACAUAAUUGCUGAAGAACAGAAAGGAUGUCGGCGCGGCCACAUGGGGUGCAAAGAGCAACUGAUAAUUGAUUCAGUUAUUCACAAACAUGCAGCUACCAAGAAACGAAAUCUACAUUGUACUUUUAUAGAUUAUCAAAAGGCGUUCGAUAGCAUACCUCACUCCUGGUUAAUUGAAGUACUUAAAAUUUAUAAAAUUAAUAACAGUCUAAUUGAAUUCCUUAAAUUCAUAAUGCCACGUUGGAAAACUACCCUUUAUCUUAAUAGUCAUCCUAACACUAUAAUUACCAGAGAAAUAUCGAUAAAAAAAGGCAUCUAUCAAGGUGACUCUUUGAGCCCUUUAUGGUUUUGUCUUGCUCUUAACCCUCUGUCUCAUAUCCUAAACAUUCAGGGCACAGGAUAUCACCUUAAACAUGGUAACACCGAUACAUCAAUAACUCACUUAAUAUACAUGGACGACAUUAAACUAUAUACAAAAACCUACAAAGAAAUGGACAAACUAAUAAAUGUUACUGCUGAAUUUAGCCGAGAUAUCAAUAUGAAAUUUGGAUUAGACAAAUGUAGGACCCUCCAUAUAAUAAAGGGUAAGAUACAUACAGGAGAUUACGCAAUAGAUGACAAUGAAAAUCAGAUAAUAACAGCCAUGGAACCGAAUGACGUUUAUAAGUAUCUGGGAUUUCACCAGCUCAAAAGCUUAGAUCACAGAACAAUAAAAGAAAACCUCAUUAAUGAAUAUAAAAGACGAUUAACUAACAUCUGCAAAACUAAACUGUCUGGAAAACACCUAAUAAAAGCUGUGAAUACUUACGCCAUACCAGUACUUACCUACUCAUUCGGUAUAGUAAAGUGGAGCAAAACCAAUAUUUAUUCUAUAGAGAGAACCACACGAUCAAUAUUAACAAAACACAACUACCACCACCCAAAAUCGGCUAUAGAAAGGUUAACAAUAAAGAGAUACAACGGAGGCAGAGGACUCAUAAAUAUACAAAACCUAUGGCAAAAACAAGUACACGGAUUGCAAAAUUUCUUUUAUCAAAAAUCUCAUACGAGUGAAAUACACAAAGCAGUCCAAUGUAAUGACCUCAAUUAUACACCACUAAACUUACAUCAAACUACUUUACAAAGACCCCAUAAUUUAGUUACAAACCCAGAGCAAAUUUUAAAAGAAGCAUGGAAACAAAAAGUACUGCACGGCCGACACUAUCAUGACCUGGAACAACCCUUAAUUGAUAAAGCUGCGUCAAAUCAAUGGUUAAAAAUAGGUUCUUUAUUCCCCGAAACUGAAGGUUUUAUUAUCGCAAUUCAAGACCAAGUUAUAAAUACUCGAAAUUACAGGAAAUAUAUCAUUAAAGACCCCACUGUAUUAGAUGAUAAGUGUCGAAAGUGCCACAUACAUUCUGAAACCAUUCAGCAUAUAACUGGAGCAUGCCCCCAUCUCGCCCAAACCGAUUACACUCAUAGACAUAACCAGGUAGCUAAUAUCAUACAUCAAACUCUUGCUAUUCAACAUAACCUCAUACAAGACACUAUUACACCUUAUUAUAAAUAUAUCCCAAGCACCGUUCUAGAAAAUACAACACAUAAGUUAUACUACGACCGCGCCAUUCUAACUGACAAAACAAUACAUUAUAAUAGACCAGACAUUACACUACAAGAUAAACAUAAUAAAAUCACAUACCUCAUUGAUAUAGCUAUACCUAACACACAUAAUAUUACAAAGACAAUUACAGAAAAAAUCCACAAAUAUACAGAUCUCCAAGACGAAAUUAGCAGAAUUUGGAAACAAGAAAAAGCAUACAUAGUACCGAUUGUGUUAUCAACCACAGGAGUUAUCCCAAAACAUCUUCACCACAGCCUGAAACUAUUAAAUAUAAAAGAGAAUAAAUACAUACAAUUACAGAAAGCCGCCAUAUUAAAUACGUGCCGCAUUGUGAGAAAAUUUUUACAAAUAGAUGAAAACGAAGUUGCGCCCAAUAUCCCAGAACACACUACUUAA